CGAGCGAUUUAUCCCCCUGACCUGAUCCCUUUCAUCUCCUAUUUCUCCUGCAUUUGCAGUUUGCCGAUAGAGAGGCGAUUCAAUUGGCACUCGUCCUUCUCUUUUUUUUUUUUUGGAUAAUGGUGAAAAUGCAUUACCAAGGAAAUACACCAGGGGUGUAUAGGCACUCGUCCUUCUCUUGCUAAAUGUUCGUUUCGGAUCCUGUCAAUUUCUCGCCUUAGGUUUCCCAGAACUGAAAUCCUUCAUCUUCCCGGUAGAAAACCGCCAUGACCGAGUUGGGACAAGCAAACGGGAAACGGAGCCGCAAAGAAGAAGAUGCUACUGCUGACAGGUCAAGCCAUCUUCCAGACUCCAUUAUUCAUCACAUCCUUUCGCUGCUCGAUGACACCAAGUCCGCCGUCCAGACCUGCAUACUGUCCCAAUUGUGGCGAUCCUUCUGGAAACAUGUCCCCGUCCUCACCCUCCAUCGACUUUCCUUCCAGAAGUACUCGAGCUUUUGCAGGUAUGUCGACGAAGUCUUGUCCCUCCGCAAUCCCCUUAUUAAUGCCCGCAAGAUCAUCUACACCGACAAGGAGCGUUACGAGAACAUAGACCGUAGAUUGCUGAUUAGGGUUAUCCAAUACGCGGCUUCCCAUGGCACUCAACUUCUGGUGCUUGACGAGGAUACAGUCCUGGCCAGUUCGGUGGAAGAAGAUUUCAGAUUCUCCCAAUUCUUUGCCCCGAUUUUGAAUUCGAAUCUCAAAACCCUAGAAUUUAGAGGCUAUAUGGUCCUGGACAGCGGGAUGGGAUCUCCUGGUUUUCGGAAUGUGACCACAUUAGACUUGGACCGCUGCGUGCUGUAUUCUGAUGCGGAAGAGGAAUGGGAUCCUGAUCCCUUUUCUAAUUUCCCUUGUUUGGAGAAUCUAGUUUUGAAGGAUUGCUACUAUGGCUCUACUUUUUACAGUGGCAACAGGACUCUGAGGAUCUCGGGGCUCAGUUUGCUUAGCCUGAAACUCGUGGACAUGGAUGAUGGUAGUAGUAUUGAAAUAUUUGCCCCGAGGCUCAAGUUCUUCAGUCUUUCUAGUCAGGGGCCGUUCAAAGGAUUCAAAAUUAUAAGUGUUCCUUCUCUUGAGCAUUCAUAUAUCAAAGCUUACAACUUCUACCACGACAAGGGUGGUAGAAAGGAAUUGGUGCAGCGACAUUUGAUCUCCUUGUUCCAAGCUUUGAAUAAUGCAAAAGCUCUGACGCUGCAUUCCUGGACCAUCUCGGUACUGACUGAAUUUUAUGAGUUACUGGAACAACCCUCUCCGUUUAAGAGAUUGGAGUCGUUGAUCGUGGAUGGUGACAGUAUACCUUGCAAACUAAUAGGUUACUUCCUUAAAGGUGAUAUGAAAAUAGGGCAUCACCCAGGGUUGUCAAUCCUUAAAAAAUGCCAUUUAGCACUUGCCCAUCCUGAAGAACUUAGCCGUUACGAGGAAGAAGAGAUCGAGGGAAAGUGAGGGAAGCUAGCAAAACUGUUGCUGCUGGUGCAGGGAAGAGGGGCAAUGGUGGUAGUGUGGGGUCUUAGCCAAGGUCGGACAGAGCAAAAAUCAGCAUAGAAUGUGGAUUGUGUAUGUGUAAGGGCUAUCUAUCUUCUGACAUUUCCUUAUUUGAUUCUGCUGUUAGAGUUUCUUAGUAGUGGAUGACAUCCAUAUUCAUAAGAAUGUGAAGCUUUUUAUUUUACCUCCAAAGCAGUAGGAUAACCCGCUCGUUUUCUUGCUGUAGUAGGAAGAAUCUCUAUCGACCUUGGUAAUUACUUUCUUAAAAGGGUCUGCUAGUACAAAACCAACUGUUGAGUUGGUUGAUUAUUUUGUUAUAGUCUCUGAUUACAUUAGGUAAGAGUUUGGUGUAUCCUUUUCUUUCAGGUUUAUGAAUAUGUUGCUUGGACAACCUAGGUUACUUAUAGGUUCUAUUUGAUUAACUGUGAUAUAUAUCAUGUUAUCAAAGAACAGUGCCAUUUUUUGUAAUCGAUUAGCAACAUUCUUCGACUUCAGGUAUCUUUGAGUGUUGCUCAUUGUAUCAAUCCGUGGUUCUAAUUCUUACCAUCAAGAUUGAUUUGACCCGAAGAGGAAUUUUACAACAUGCGUAAAAUUGUGUUCUAUGAGCAAUCCAAUUGCAUUAUAUGAAGAAUUGACUCCAGCUCAACUAAAAGACCUCAAAAAUUGUGUUCAUUGUGGUAUUAUAUUCAAAUAAAAUUCACAAUUUUUUUCUGAAAUAAAAUAGGCCAAAAUGA